ACAACGGUGGCGUUAACAUUAAUUGUGGCGAAAAAAAAAAACCCCACAGUAAGCUAUAGGCGGGGAAAUAAAAAAGACAAUUCGUCGUCGUCUCGCGCGAGAUUCUCAUACACCGAAAACCACCCCACAACACUACGCCACCGAUGACGCCCGCAACCAGCAGCAGCCCCAGCAGCAGCAGCAGCAGCACCAACAACGGUGGUGGUUGUCGUCGUCGUGGUACUACUCCAUCCCCCCAUCAUUAUUGUUGGCAACAGUUCCCUUCGCCAACGGCGGCCCACAGUCGGUGUUGAACCGUUGAGGUUGCAGCAGCGUGUAUUUGCUCCUGGCCGAUACGAAAGGAGAGACUAUCGCAAUCUCUCGAGCGCGCGUGGUGGAAAUCGAACACACUGAAGAAAAAAAAGGAAAAGAAAAUACGCGAUCUCUGUACUCAACCAAAUUUUGCCUUUCGGUACGUCGCGCGUGUGCGUGCCGCGGUGUUUACUCUGUGCGAAAACCCCGCACGGUGGUAGUGUGUCUCCCCCGAUCGUCGUCGCCUGCUGUGUAUAACUACUGGCGAAGAGCUGCCCCUCGGAAGUGCAAAGAUGUAACGGAGCAAGCCUCUUUAUAGCAGUGCUCCCGUCCUCGUCGAUGUCGCUGGUGGCCCACGGUGGAAUGUGAAGAAAAUUGUUUCUCCGUUCGUUUCUGUUUUUCGUUGUGUUGAAAUUGUACCUUUCUCUAUGUGCAUACGCGUGUGUGUGCCUGUAUGUGCGUCCUCGUUCGCACGGCCGCACGGUGCUGAGUCGUGAAAGUCGUGUUCUAUUUAUUCUUUUAUUCACCCCCAAAAGAGCCCGUGUUGUGUGUGCGCUUCCCACCGUGCAGCACAGCACAGCAGGCCUACACUGCGUUUUCCUUCGGGGCCGUUUUACGUGCGUGCAAUAGAGCAGCGGAUGAUCACUCGCCCCAUUUGUGUGUGUGUGUGUGUGUUUUUUUAAUGUGCUGUGGAAUUAGAUGGCCGGGGGUAAAAAGAGAAAGUGCAUAGCAAUAGAGGCCGCAUAAGAGAAGAAAAAAAGGAAAUUUGCACCAACCAGCUGCGAUUGUGAUUGUAUUCAGUGCAAUUGUGCACUUUUGUGUGAAGCAGCAGUUUAUGUGCGUUUUGUUUUUAAAGUGUAUACGUGUGUAGCCACAUGUUGUUUACCGUUUACCACUCGGCACAAACCGUUCGCCGCGUUUGCGUUCGCACGUUUUUAUGCUACACAGCGUAAGAAAAGAUAAGCGAAGCUGCUGUGGUGUGUGAGUGUAUGUGUGUGCCGUUCAUACAGAAAUAAAAAAUAAAUUAUUCUAAAUAAGAAAGAAAAAAAGUGAAGGAAUAGAUAAAAGUUGUGUGUACGUGUGCUGCGCGAGCGUACUUGUGGUAGUAGUCGAUACGCAUAUUUAUAUAUAUCGCCGUCGAAAACAACCCGCCCCGACCGCACUCCUUCAAUUAUAACCUGUUCGUGCGUGAGAAAAUGGUCUUAACAACAAUACAAGCAUGACGCACCAGAAUCACCAAACUAACGGCGCCAGUUUGGAAGAUUGCCACACAAACUUCUUCGCUCUGGCCGACCUGUGCGGAAUAAGAUGGCGUCAACUGGUACUCGGUGAGCGGCCGAACGCGUCCGGCGAUCCCCUGGACGAUCCGGUGGUGCGUUCGUACGCCAAAUGUCUCGCCGUCGAUAUACUGUGCGUGUGGCGGCGGGUGGUCGCCCCCAAGCCCAAACCGAAGCCGGAGCCGGACCCGAGCAGCAUGUUCGACAUGAGCAUACCGGGCACCGGUAGCGGCGGCUCCGUCGUCCACCCGCCCCUCUCGCUGACCGCCGCCAAAGAGCUCUGGAUCUUCUGGUACGGCGAGGAACCGGACCUCACCGAUCUCGUCGCGCCCGAGCUGCUCAACUCGUCCGAAGCCGGCGAUAAAGGAUCCUGGGAGAAUGGCCUUUCGUACGAGUGCCGCUCGUUGCUGUUCAAGGCGUUGCAUAAUGUGAUCGAACGAUGCCUGCUGUCCCGGGAUGUGGUCCGAAUUGGCAGGUGGUUCGUGCAGCCGAGCUCGAACGGCGACAGACUGUUCGGCAAAAGCUCACAUCACGCAUCGUUCUCGUUUGCGUUCUUCGUGCACGGUGAUAGUACCGUGUGUGUGGCGAUGGACAUCCGGGAGCAUCCCCCGGUGAGGCCACUGACGAUGAAGCACCUCGAGGAGGCUCUGGCGCAACAGGGCACUCCGUCCUCGGCAGCCGGUUCUUCCAGUCCCGCGGGAGCUUCGAACGCUGGCGCUCCCGGAUCUCCCGGCAGCGGCCAUGGUCCCUGUUCGGGGCCAUCCGCCGCUACCUCCACGCCGGCUCCUCCGACCGCUUCCCCGCCCCGGGAGGUUCUGCUGGCGCCGUUCGGACUGGCCGGUACGCUGACCGGCCAGAGCUACAAGGCGACCGAUCCGCAAACGCAGAAAAUCCUGGACGACUGGAGCGCGUUCUAUCCGAUCUCGAGCAAGAACGUGGGACUCAGCGACACCGCGGACAGUGUGCCGCCCAUCGUGGAGAUCAUGGUUGGGCGCGUGCGGAUGCGCUACCCAUCGAAGUACGUGCUCGUCACGGACCUGGAUGAUCGGGCUCCGGGUGACGGGACCAGCAAUCAAUCAACCUCCACCGCCACCGCCGCCGCCGCCGUCGUUUCCGCCCUCGAGGGUCUCUGCCUUCCGGCCGAGGGCGUGGUGAAAAGUGAACGACCUGGCCCCUCCAUCAACCUACCGCCGGCGGCCAGCAAUCAACCGGCAACGCCCGGUGGAACCGCCGCCGGUUCAGCACCCGGAAAGGCGGGAAUCUCGGGCACACCCAGUCCGCCAACCUCCGCUCCGCCUGCACCACCCGCCCAAGGGGCGUCCGUGCGCCAGCGGAACCACCACAAAUCCCUCAUGACCCCACCGCUCACCGUGCCGGAAUCGCCCCUCAACGAUCUCGGCAACCCGCUCAGCAUGUCGUCGGCGCUGAUCAACAAGUCGGCCGCCGUCAUCCUGCCCGAGCGCGUCUGGCAGGACUGCAUCAUGCAUGCCGCCCCGCCCACCCCACCCGCCACCAACUCCUCCACCAGCCAAGGGACAGCGGCGACGGCGGCGUCCGCGUCGUCGUCGGCGAAUGCUGGCGGUGUCACGAUCAAAACCGAACCAAAGGACACCGCCGGCAGUGGGGGCGGAGGGGACGAAAAUUCGUCCGCGGCCGCCAACGGAGCCGUUGACGCGAACGGUAACUCCUCGGUGUGGGAGAUAAGCGACCCGGCCGCCAAGGUGCCCUGUUCGUGCGUCAAAUCAAACCAAAACUGUUCCGCCAGCGGAAAUGGUGGAUCGCACGCCGGAAACGCCGUCGGUAACACCACGCCGUACGGUGGGCCGUCUUCCUACGGCCGGAACCCGAUGUCGAUAGGGGACUCGCACCCGCUGCCCUCGGAGGGUUCGCCGGCCAGUGCGGCCCCCUCGCCGAUGCAACCGUCCUCCGUAUCGCAACCGACGUCGGUUCCAUCCGGGGAUCAGCUUAUGACCAUGUCACCGCAUCCGCCUGCCUCGAAUAAUCCUCGCAGCGUCCAACCGGGGACGCCCUGUUUGGACCAUCUGGACAAAAACACACCCGCCCCGACGCCAACCGAUCAGCACGAUAGCAAAAGUAUCAACGCGUCCCCGUACCACACACCGUCCCAUCCGGGCGGCGGGAAUGGCCCGGGGGGCACCGGUGGGUCCGGGGAUGGCGGUUCAUCACAGCAACAGCAGCAGCAUCAACAACAACAACAAAACUCCCAGCAGCAGCAAAUGUCGGGCAACUCGAGCAGCAGCAGCAGCAACAGUUCGACGAGCAGCAACUCGGCGUUGGGCCAGCUGAAGGCAUCCCCCCGGAACACGCUGUCCGCGGGGAGUGCGGGCGGGCUGAAGGUGCGGUCCGAAUCGGCGCUGGGAGCGGGCAGUGGCGGUGGCGUCCCGAUGACGCCGAGCAUCAACAGCGUGUUCAGCUCCGCGCACCAGACGGCGAUGGCGAACAAUUUGGCCAGCAAGCGCGAAUCGAUCCUGCAGAUGCUGCAGUCGCUCAAGCGGCCGUCGCUGUACUGCAAGGACUACGAGACGCUGCAGGGCGAGGACAUUCCCAGCACCUCGCAGCUGCUGUACGACUACACCUCGCUUGACGCAUGGAUGAAUCACCCAGUGAAGCGGAUGCGACUGGCGGCGGAAGAAAACCGGCUGGUGAAACAAAUCCGGAAUCUCGACCUGUACGCCAACGAGAACGCACGCACGCUCGGAGGCCCGUUCGGGGGACCGGGCGGGAUCAACAGCACCACGAACGGCAUGCUGCUGAAGGGCAGCGGCCCGGGGAGCGAUUCCUCCGAUGCGCACAUGUCCUCGGAACACGGUGGAGGAAACGGUGGUGCCUGUGAUAAUGGUGCCUCCAGCAACGGUCUGCUUGGACACGGCCAGAUCAAGCUUGAGCUCGGUUGCGACGGUGGACAACAAGGCGCUGGUGGUGGUGGGGGUGGCGCUGGUGGUGAGGGGCCCAAUGGAACACCGGAUAGGAAUGGAACGACCGGUCCGGACGGGGCGCUGCUCGGCGAGCACGAGAUCAAGAAGGAGAAGGAAGACAAGGGCGGGUACAGUUUGCUGACGGAUCAGGACCUGCAGCCAUCGAUCGACGACCUGAACCAGAUCUUCGACGACGGUGGCCCGUUCAACGACGAUCCGGACAUGCACAAUACGCCGCCCGGCUCGAACAAGAGCAGCGGCGGCAGUGGAGGUUUCUCCGAGGACAGCAAACGGUACCCGAGCUCGAACCACCACUCGCUGAACAGUGGCAUGCUGAGCCCGAAGGAACUGUCGCAGAUGUUCCCCACACCGCCGAGCCUUGAUCCGCACCCGAGCUCGAGUCCCGGCGGCGGCGGAUGCCUCUCCGACGGUGGCAUCGCGAUCGACACGAUGGUCGACCUGCAGAUGUCGCUGUCGUCGUCCGGUGCGAGUGGCACGGGUGCGGCCCUUGUUCCGGUACUGCCCAACCUCGGUAGCCCUCAGGAGGAACCGAUCGACGAUUGGUCGUUCGUGUUUCUCCCGCCGACGCUCUGCACGCACGUCGGAUCGUCCAAGUACGCUCCGCUGCCUAACCUCCCGAGUCAGCUCGCACCGUCAUCAGCGCUCGGGCUGAAUCCGACCACCCUCGUGUACAAAUCGUCCCGCCAGAAGCAGAAGGAAAAGGCGGCCGAACGGGAAAAGCAGAAGCUUCGCGAGCAACAGGAACGCGAACAGCAACAACAACAACAGCAGCAGCAAGAUCAGUCGCAGCAAUCGGAUAAUGUAUUGCCGAAUGCCGGAACAGGAACAGGAGCAGGAGGAGGAGGUAGUGUGGCGGGCACGGGCGUGCCGGGAGGGUUGGGACUUGGGUUGCCCAUGCUCAAGCAGGAAACCCCGCUGACAGUUCCGCAACCGCUGAGCACUCCGAACUCGCUGCUCGGCGGGUUGAACAACCUCAACGGAUCCGUAAGCCACCCCUACUCAAACCCACCGUCUCAGGGCGCUCAGUCGCAGCCGCACUCGAGGCCACCGUCGGUGAACUCCCUGCCCGGUGGGAUCAUGGGAGCUGGCGCGGGAAUGCUGAGCCCUUCGCCGGCCGGCGCCUCUUCCGCCGGCGGGUUGUUCCAUCCCGGCCUGGGCGGAAUCCCGGUGCCGCUGCGCCAAGGUAUGUCCCCCAUAUCGCCGGCCACCCCGGGCGGUGGUGGCUCGAUGCGUGUGCCCACACCGCAAGGUUCGUGUCCACUGCCCUACCCUUCACCGCUCGGUGGUGCCGGCAGUCCCAACCCUAUGGGUGUUGGGUUCCGCCGGGCAACGCCACUGUUGCCACCGCCACCGUACGACGUCGCGAUCGCCAGCCCGGCCAACUCCGUCGCUACGCCUUCCUCCUACCACAGCAAGCAGUACCCACUGGACGGGGUAGACGGUCCGGUUGGACCCGGUUCGAACCGGGGACCGAUGACUCCCUCAUCGAGCCUAGGCGGCACGACCGUGCAUCCACCGCUCGGUUCUUCGUCCGCGGGAGGAGCGGGUAUCGCGAGCGGCACCAACGGGUCGGGGGUCUCCGGAUGUCGGCCCACCCUCACCAGCAUCGAAACGAACGCCCUGCUCGUGAACGUCCUGCUGUACGAUACGGCACUGAACAUCUUCCGUGAUCACAACUUCAAGAGCUGCACGCUGUGUGUGUGCAAUGCCGGGGCGAAGUGCGUCGGGAACAUACGGGGCGCCGACAGUGGCCUCUACCUCGCCCUGCCCGGUACGAACUGGAUGGACUCGGUGACGGCACCGGCCGAUGGGACGGCGGGUGGAACCGACACCGCUUCCACGGGUGUCGCGGGUGGCGCUUCCGGGGCACGGAAUAAAUCCGGCAUCCUCGCCCACCUGGGACUCGGUAGCGGUGGGAAUAGCAAUAGUAGCAACAGCAGCAGCAGCAGCAACAGUGCCUUCGGAGGCUCGCCGGCCGUACUCGGGAGCGAUCAGCAGCAGAAGCCGGUCACGAUCAACAUGGACAGUCUGCAGAACGGCUACCUGGACGAGGACCCGGUGGACUGCCAGUGCGGGUUCAGUGCGGUCGUCAACCGGCGGAUGGCACACCGGGCCGGGCUGUUCUACGAGGACGAGAUGGAGAUCACCGGCAUGGCGGAGGAUCCGGCCGUGCACAAGAAGAGCUCGCUGUUCGAGUUUCUGAACGGCACGGCGAAGGCGAUCAAGGCGGAGGAGGGUUCUUCCAGCGGUGGUGCUGGUGUGGGUGCUCCGGGUGGACGUAAUGGUUCCGGGACAAGCAGCAGCAGCAGCAACAGCGUAGCACUGGCCGCCACCAACACGACGGCCAACGGCAACAACUGUGAUAGUCUUCCGCUGACGCUCAAGGUGAUGGAUCUGCUGCGCGAGCAGUGUUCCGUGGUGCAGAGUUCGAGCAACUCGAUCCACCGGGCCGUCAGCCGGUACCGGGGGCCACUGUUUGGCCGGGGUGCGGAAAGCGCCAACGUGCAUCUACUCGAGUACGUCGAUGCGAACGAUGUGAUCAGCUUGGCGCUCGAGCAUGGGCGUCUGCAGGCUCUGAAGGAGAGUAAGAUGGAGCUGGAUCAGCCGGCCGGAGCAACAUCGUCCGCGCUGGUCCGUGGUGGGACGCUGCGCGGUGUCAUGAACGUACACAAGUGGCCGUUCCUACGUGCCGGUGGACCGAAGAGCAACCAGGACAUCAAGCGCAUCAUGAACUCGAUGCGGCCGCUGCUGCAGGACGCUUUCCACAAACGCUGCACGACAUCGCGGCUCUGGGACGCACCGUACACGAUACUGGGGCCGCUCACCUGGCGCCAGUUCCAUCGACUGGCCGGACGUGGCACGGGCCAGUGCGAACCUCUGCCGAUCCCGUCGCUCAUUGUCGGAUACGAGAAGGACUGGCUUUCGCUGGCACCGUACGCCCUGCACUACUGGGACAAGCUGCUCCUCGAGCCGUACUCGUAUCCGCGCGACGUCGCGUACGUUGCCAUCGUGCCGGACAACGACUUCGUGGUGGCGAAGGUGCGCACGUACUUCAAGGAGCUCAGCACGACCUACGAAAUGUGCAAACUCGGCCGACACACACCGAUCAAGGGCUGGGACGGUAUACUGCGCGUCGGCAGCCAGCGGGUGCUGAAGGAAACGCAAAACUCCAACCUCGACGAAUGGUUCACCAACAUGGGUGUCGACCAGCAGCAGCGGAACGGUGCAACCACCACCGGCAAUCCAUCGGCCUCUUCCGCCACCUCGAAACCAACGUCCGGCUUGAACGAGCUGCUCCGGUUGUACGCGCAGACAUGCCAGCAACAGCUGGCACCCUACCUCUCGAAGGUUCCCUCCGACAAGAGCCUCCUGGACCCUCCGGAAAGCCAUCACACCACGUCCUCGUCCUCCUCAUCGUCUUCGGCUGGUGCCGGAUCGUCGUCGAUGGGAGGGAACGGUAUGGGCCAGCCGGGAAGUGGCGGUAUGGGCCCAAACCGGGACGGUGUCGGUGGACCCGGGCAGAGUCCGAUGCCACCUCCGCCACCCAGCACACCGGAUCCAUCGCAGCCGGGCGAUAAGGCACCGAAUACACCGAAAUUCGAUCACGAUGCCGAAAACCGGGACCAACUGAAUACGUCCUCGGCGAAUCCCGCGGACGGGAUGCUGAUCGACGACGAUGGGAAAGAUCCGCCGCACAUCGUGCUGUACAUCGUGGAACCGUUCACCUGCGGGAACGAUUCACCGGACGUGGAACGGUUGGCGUGCCUUUCGUUGCUUCGAUGCUACUCGAACAUCCUGAACGCGGUACCGGAGUCGAUUCGUAGCAACAUCAGCGUGCAGAUCAUUUCGCUGGAGAGCAUCCUUGAGCUGGGACGGGCCAGAAACCGGUUACGGUUGAGCGACCACAUGCGCUGCCUGGCGUUGAGUGUGUUCUCCCAGAGCCGGAAGUAUCUGGCGCACAUGAACACGGUCAAGAGCCUGACGGGCUUCGGGACGGCGGCCAACGCGGAGCAGUUCAUGAAGAACAAGGACGACAAGAAUCGCGUCCCGUACCGGCUGUACACGCCCCCGUACGUGCUGGCCAAGUCGUGCGAGAAGAGCGAAAACACGGAAGCGUUCGGGAAGACCAGCCUGAAGCAGCAGUGUUCGAUCAUGUACUGUAGCUACUGCCUGAGCGAGGACCAGAGCUGGCUGCUGGCGGUGGCGACCGACGAUCGGGGCGAGUUUCUCGAGACGGUCACGAUCAACAUCGACAUCCCGAACCGGGGUCGGCGGAAGCGUGCGUCGGCCCGCCGCUACGGGCUGCAGAAGCUGAUGGACUUCAUCCUCGGGUUGAUCUCGCAGACGGUGCAGCCGUGGCGUUUGGUGGUCGGUCGCAUCGGUCGCAUCGGGCACGGUGAGCUGAAGGGUUGGAGCUGGCUGCUGAGCAAACCGAACCUCCAGCGGGCGUCCAAGAACCUGAAGGACAUCUGCGAGCAGUGCGCCCUGAUGCACCCGAUCUCGGUGCCGAGCAUACUGAGCGCGUGCCUGGUGACGCUCGAGCCGGACUCGGAUCUGCGCGUCAUGUCGGACCAGUUUACGCCGGACGAGCGGUUCAGUCAGCGGUCGAUGCAGUCGCCCCUUUCCACGCCGCAGGAUGCGACCUGCACGCACAUACUGGUCUUUCCGACCAGUGCGAAAGCUCAGUCGGCACAGGCGUCUUUCAGCGUGAUCGGUGAGCUGGACCUCGGUGAAGAUUUGAACAUGGUCAUCAUGGACGGAGACGAUGACGACGAUGGCAUCAACAUGCUGGAUGUGUUCCGGUGUUGGGACGACAUACCAAUGCAACAGAUCAAUAUGCCCCAUUCGCGGCCGGGAAGUCCCUCGCAGUUCGAAGGCAAUCAGCAGAGUCCCGGUGAAUCGAAGGGUGCCGGUGCCCGGGAUGGCUACGGGGCGCAUGAUUCCGAAGAGGUCGGUGUAGUGCUGCAGCAACCCCUAGCAAUAGGGUACCUGGUGUCGACCGCACCAACCGGUCGCAUGCCCGCCUGGUUCUGGUCGUCCUGCCCGCACAUGGAGAACGUCUGCCCAGUGUUUCUGCGCACCGCCCUUCACCUGCACACCCCAACCAUCCUGCAAAACACGGACGAUCCGCUGCAGCAAAACCAGUCGUCCACCGAGCACCCGCUCGACUCGAACAUCACGGCCGACGUGCUGCGGUACGUGCUUGAGGGCUACAAUCUGCUCUCCUGGCUCGCGAUGGACUCCAACACGCACGACCGCCUGUCCUGCCUGCCGAUCCACGUCCAGGUGCUGAUGCAACUCUACCACAUGACAGCCGCCUUGGCGUAAGCGGAACCGAAGGCACGUUAAACGAUGCCCACGCAACCGAUGUUAUUGCUCAACCGCGGCGGCAACAGCUCCCUAACCAGACAGCGACACCCAUCCAUCUCACCAGCUUCCCGAUCACACCCGCCUCCCCACCCUCAAAGCCCGAUCUUGACCCUGACGGUCUUUAUCUGUCUGUGAUAUUAGAUAAAAAUGCAAGCGGAAAUCCGGAGCGGUUUCCGGACAAGCGGAGGAGGGAAGAUACCAAUAGUCAGGAUAGCUGUUCACAUGCUGCCAAUGUUCUGGGCUGCUGCCUGGGAACGGGUGAGAAGGGCGAGGGAAAGACAAUGCAAUAUUUGGAGCAAUGCAAUAUCUCCGCACAUUAUACACCACACACACACAUACCCUCAUGGAAUCGUUUAAUAUUGUGCGUUAAAUUCCAUGUACUUUUUAACUUUUUAAAACGACAGGGAUUUUCCUGAUUGUGAUGUAACUGUGGCCAAUCCAACCGUACUGAAAAGAUGUAUUCCGUUAGCUUUUAUUGGGCCUUGCUUUAAAUUUUUGUUUAUCUCAACGUUUUUUUGAUCGUUUUUUAAAUUUGUUAUUUUCAACGACAAGCACGUAUCAAACAGAACGCUUUUAAAAUUAACAACAUAGUUUCGGACUUUUAAUUAGUAACCUCAAACAAUAAUGAACGAAAGCCAUCACCUUAUUGAGUGACGUGCUGGA